UUUUACUCCGGGUACACUAUUUUUAAUCCAUCUAUUCCCUUGGAAUGGAUUUAAAUAUAAAUUGUUUGCGUUUCUUUGGUUCGUUGUGGCCUAAAAUGAGGAUACCCACCUAUUAGAUUGAUGGUGUUUACGACCACAAGCUGUCAAUAAUAAUCUACACCUAAUAAUUACACCGAUUAGAUACCUUGAUAAAGUUUUGGACUUCUUAAAUAUGGGCGGGGUUUGGUAAAAUGGAAAGAGUUAUAGAAAAGUAUAAGAACGAAAUCGUUCACUCAGUUGAAGAGUACAACGUGCUUGUUCUCUCAGGAUACCCAGAUAGUUACAUGAACUCCUUUGUUCCGUUUUACCUGUUUAACAGAGGUUUCGCAGACCAAGUUAAACAGUCCCCUAACCCCCCCAAAAUCUGCACAGUUUUCAAUAACAAACAAGACGUGCUUUAUUUCAGUGACCUCUGCUCAGCACUAGUCAAUGAUAAAACCAGAGUAACAACGGUAUUUGACGGUAACUCCAACUAUGAUAAGAAGAGCGAAAUUGUGUAUACGACGGACGAGUACAUACUCCGAAAACUACUAGUGGAUCCCCUGCUGUCAGAAUUCUCGGUCUUCAUAUUGUGCAAUGUUCAAGAAAGAGCACUUAACUUGGAUUUGCUUUUGGCACUUUUCAAGCGUCUUUUGAAUGUACGGAAGAGACUUAGACUUGUACUCCUGUAUCAGUCCACCAACGUUAACUAUAUUCUUGAGUAUUUUAAGAGGGAAUCGCCAAACGGGCCUAAUGUACCAGACGAUAUUCCAACUCCAGAUUUCUUUUUUGGAGAAUUCCCAUUAAAAGACGUACACUACAUUUAUGUAGAAAAUGAAUUCUCAUUCUAUAAAGUUAGUUACCUGUCAAAGCCAACUUCCAAUUAUAUGGAAUCACUCAUAUCAACAGUAUAUGACAUAUGUAAGAAUGAGAGUAGUGACAAUAUCCUAAUAUUUGUCCCUACUCGAGAGCACGCACAUAUACUGAAGGCUGAACUUGAAGAACUUGCGAAUCAGUUUUCAAGCGAUAAAGGUGCGAUUAACGUUAUGUGUCUGAGAGGGAACAUUUAUAUGGAGAAUAAGGAAGACGUCUUGAGAAACAUUUUCAUAUGCACAGACGUGAACGAUUAUAACUUUGGGAUGGGAGAAAUAACGUACUUGGUGGACAGUUGCCUGACCAGACGCCUGUCAUCAGAGUACUUGAAUACUGGAAUGAGCGAGAACAUAACAGCCUCAACCAGAGAGGAAAUGAUGAUUAAAUCAUCCCUGAUACACAACAUACGCAGAGGAAUAUGCUAUAGAUUAUUGACGCAAAAUGAUUAUAAUUCAAUUAUCCAAGAGUUUAUAGUCCCUGAAAUCAUGACGAAGGAUCUCACGCUGACGGUUCUGUUGCUGAAAUCACUGGGAAUUUCCAAGUUGAAUGAUUUUGACUUUUUGACUAAGCCGCCCGCAGAAUCCCUCAAGCACUCGUUAUUCACACUCUACAUGCUAGGUGCGAUAGACACUUCCGGUGAAUUGGUCUAUCCAAUAGGAAACUUGAUGGCUGAAUUAAGAGUUACACCGUAUCUUUCGAGCUUUUUGUAUCGAUCAGUGGAGUCUGGAUGCUCAGAGGAAGCACUAAUCAUCUAUUCAAUGCUUCAGGUGAAAGAAAUUCUAUGGAAGAAGUCUAGUAAGAUAUACCGUAAUGAUACAUCUUACUCAAAUGACCGUUUGGAAAGCGCAAAGCUAGCUUUCGCAGCCCUGGAGGGUGAUUUGGUUUCAUAUUUUAACAUGUUUCAACUGUCACAGUAUUAUAAGGAUGAAGAUGAUAAGUGGCUGUCGACACACAUGGUUAACGAAAGAGCAAUACAAACAGCCCAGAGAAUAAAGAACAAGACCUCAAAGUUGCUUGAAAAGUACAAUCUCGAGACCACCAGCUGCGAUGGCAACGUCGAACUGCUCAUCAAGACGAUAUUCUCGAGCUUUUUCCUAAACGUGGCUUGCAAGGAACAUUUGAUAGUAAACUUCCAAAACUCCAACCAGAUCAUACAACACCUUAAGGCCAAUCAACCAUUGAACGCCUCAGAUCCAAAAAGAGAAGACCAACAGCCAUAUGUCCUAGUUAAAUCGUAUGAAAAGUUUAAUUAUAAGCCAUUGUAUAUUCACCCGUCCUCAUUUAUUGUCAAUGAACAGCCUGACUGGGUAGUAUUUAAUGAAUCUAACACCAUUGAUGGGAAGUUAUACAUGCAUGACAUAACAACUAUAAGACCAGAGUAUUUGCAAGAACUGGCUCCACAUUAUUUCGGAGAUUACGACGUCAAGCCCUAUUUGGAGACUUGUUAAAAAUUUUAAUCUUAACCUUGUAACUUUACCACAA